CCAUGUUUCCAUCGUGUCUUUGUCCAUGGCUGCGAUUGUGUUCUGUUACCAUUGCGACUGUUAGCGCGCGGCACUUUGUGACCGCCGUUCUGACUCUAUGCGUCUGUUCGUUCACGUAGUUAGAUAUUUUUAUCUGAUUGGGUAUUGGGUAUCUGAUUGGGUGAUUGGGUAAUUGUCAACGCGCAGCAUGUUGCGUUGACCUGUACGUGGACCUAUCUGUCUGUCUGUUUGUUUGUUUAUGCGGCUGCUGGUCUAUUUCCUUCGGCUGCUACCGUUGCUGUUGCUGCUGGCGCUAUUACUGCUAACUCCAGGCAGCUAUUGCAGUAGCUGCGGCCACAGUAGCAGCGGUUAGGAAGCGAGCGAGCGGAGUGGUCGCUGUUUUUGUUGUCGUGGUUGGGGUGCCGCUGCCUCCUCGCUAUCGUUGGUUAGCCCCCUUUCACACAGUUAGCACAGACAGAAGCCGCAAAUCUGCCUCAGUUACACCUACAGCAGCAAGCGGCCAUCUAAACAACAGAAAAGACAAGCAGUGCUAGUAGUCAAUAAGUAGUGACUAACGGGGCUUGGUUGCUGCGGUCACCGUCAUCGCAACCGGUCAUCCCGAGGUGGUGUUGUGUCGCUGCUGGCGGCUGGUGUCGAGGCCUGGGCCUCGCAGGCAAAGCAUUUAGUAGAUCGGCCACUUGCUCAGCUGCUGUUGCUUGCGGCCACUGCCACUACUUCUAACAGCACAUCUGAAAAAACAAACAGGCCGUGGUCGUGCCGCGGCUAGAGGGAAGGGUGACACGAGAGUAAGACACGGAAAGGGCGAGAGCAGUAGAUAUAGAUCACGUAUAUAGAAGUGCGGGAUUCGGGUGACGGCUCAGCGACGCCGCAGGCCGCAACUGCGACGCCAGCGGUCCAAUACGAGAGAAACAGAAAACGAACCCAAACAAAAUUAACAUCGCUUGCCAAUAGGUGUACUAUCAACAGCUGAUAUAGAAGCUGUAGUUGAAGUAGUGGUCGUCUCGCAGUGCCAGACCGCUGCGAUCGAGCUCGUUGGAUAACGGUGAAUGGAUGGUGGUAAUGAAGGCAAUGGCAAUGUCUGCGUUCGUUUGCAUGCGCGCGUAUUAAAUUCGCAUCCUUACGAGAUCGAGGUGUGCCGUGUUUAGUUAGCUGUACGAGAGAGAGCCUAACGUGCUUGUCGUUUGUAACCUUCCGACUUGUUGCAUUUGAAAAGAAACACAGAAAAAGGGAAAGCAAAAAACAAGUGAUUCGAUAAGGACAUACAGAAGAGUACCACCGAGUGCGCGGCGCGAGAAUCUAAUGACGGUGGUGGCUGAUGUCAUCUGUUGUUGUUGACCGUGUAACCUGUGUACGUUUGUGCCCAACUCUGCUACUGAGGGGCUGAUGCGGUGGCCAAUAGCACAACUGCCACAUGCGGGGUAUUAAGGACCGGACGCUGCUAUUCAAGGAAAUAGAAAGCGAGGACGACGAUUGCAGCAACAACCGUUGCAAGCAUAUUAAAAACAACGCAGGACAAUAAGUUCAUCACCAGUUAUUUCAAUUGACAAAUUCGCCAAGAGUGACAAGAAAAGGGGCCAGCGAGAAACAGAAGAGCACCACCGCACCUUUCAGGUUUAUAAUAAUCAACAGAUAACCAAGCCAGUCUAACGUGGUAGUAAGCGAUCGACACCGACAUCGCCUACGACCACUGCAGCUGCUAUCAAAAUGGAUCUCGUCAAGGGCAUGUUGACUUCGGUUCGACAGUUCUAUAAUGACAUCAACCCAGCUACGUUGACUGGUGCCAUUGAUGUUAUCGUUGUCGAGAAGCCAAAUGGUGACCUUGCUUCGACGCCGUUCCAUGUUCGAUUCGGCAAGAUCAAUGUGAUGAAUUUUGUUGGGAAGACCGUUGAGAUUUAUAUCAAUGAGAAGCCAACUGACCUACGUAUGAAGCUGGGCGCCAGCGGAGAAGCAUUCUUUGUUGAGGCAAGUGACGAGGAGCCGCCGGCGAAACUGGCAACUUCGCCACUGCCGGACGACUUGCUCUUAAGCGAUAACGAACAACCGAUUAUGCGACCUAUUUCGUCGCCAGGCCUAAGUCACUCGAGUCAUUCGCCCCGUAAACGUUCAGACAGUUCACCUGCCAUCGUAGUUAAGCGUCGGGAUUCCGACAGCGAAGAAGCACACACAGAUAUGCCAGAAGCCAAGGAUAAAAACUCAACCGAAGUAGAGGAAACUGUUGAAAGCAGGCCAAGCGGAAUCAGUCCGGAUGAGGAUGAUAGCCAAGCCAAAGACAAUAACAUUGUUGACCCAAAGACAACUGACGCGAGCGGCAGCUUUAACGUUACAGCGAUAGACGAUGAGGAGAAACCGCUUGAUACCGUAAAUACAGCUUUGGGAGUAAUAGUUAGAGAUCAGCCGGCAACAGUCGGGCUACAAAGUUUAUCGCUGGGAACCGAACGGACAAUUCAGAAGGUCAAGAAACGCCGAAGAAAAAUAAGUAAGCAAGUGAUACCUGAAAAACCAACUGCUCUAAAUGAAAAUAGCUCGAGUGACGCCGAAGAGACACAGUUCCAUAUGGACGGGGUCAUUAGCAACGAUGAGAGGUUAUCGUUGCCAAUGUCCUUGACAGCAUCAUCAGCAACAAGUCCAGCUGGCCCAACGGGCAUAACAGCGACGACAGCUGACGAUAGCUCUCCUGUACUCAGCUCGCAAGAAAUGAAAACGGCGAAAACAACACAACUUAAUGUAUCCACCUCACCGACGCGCAACAGCGACUCCAGCAAAGGCGUGAACCGGAAGUCCGCCUUGGAGCCGGUUGAGAGCAACACUUCGAACACCACCGUUACAAGUGACGAUGAAUUUAACUGGGCAUCGGUGGCCUCGGGUGUUGCUCCUGCGCGGCUCACUCCAGCGGGAUCGAAUUUGGCAGCUGGGACGUCACUUGCUGUCAGCGACGGAGACCUUUCUGACAACGAUCGCCGUCAACGCAAUCGGCCUCCAUCACCUGCCAGGUCUGACACCCUGGUAGAAUUAGGUCACAAUAACGAGGAGAUGCGUGGAGUUGAGUGGUCUUGGGGAGAGCUACCCGAAGGUGAAAUACCACCACAGAUUCGGGCACUUUCCCCAGCACCGGGGUCGCUUCCAGAAACGAACGGCACCAAAAAUAACAGUUCUAAGAUCCGAAACAGCAACGAUAAGGACAACAAGAAAGAUAGCGUUUCCGCAGCACCCAGCACAAGCCUACAAAUGAAUGACGGCUCAAUUACUCCGACGUCAACUCAGCCAAAACAAGCAGAUGGACUCUACCUUGACGACGUCCUUGCUCAAACAGAUCCCGCUAUGCGAGAACGAUAUAUUGGCUCCAAUCCACGACGUGCUACGCCACGUACGAGCGCCCGACCUACUGGACACUGGGAUGGCGAAUCUGGCAACGGGCCGUCGCUGUCACAAUCACCGCAAUCUGGACUUGAUUCGGAUUGUGAACCCGAUCCGCGACAUCCCGUUUUUGACUAUGGUCUUAAAAAAUAUUCGGACCUAGCUAUGUCACUUUGUGGGUUUGACAGAAUCGACGAAGAAGGGAUAGAGCAACGUUUCCUCGCUCACGUGAUCACGUACGAUGAAUUCUGCUUAAACCCAGACAUCCUUCACGAGCCAAAUCUCGUCUUUAGAAUGAAUGGGAAAUUUUACAACUGGAAGUGCAUAGCACCUCAGAUGCUGUCACUCGCAAUGUUCCAAAGACCGCUCCCAGCAGUAACGAUGGAGAAGCUUCGAGCGGAGCAUCUUGCCAAGAAGAAGGUAAUUAGCCCGCCCCAGGUAAAGUCGCGCGGGUGGUGGUGGUCACGAGGGGGACCGCAGGAAGAUGUGACCGACGGAGCGGUUGAAAAAGUUGAGGGCUAUCCAGCCAAACAAGACAUUACUACUCCCAUCAAAGGAAGUAAAAGCGGUGAAAGCAAAAGACCAGUGAAAGAUACUACCGAAGAAAAAACUCUAUCUGAUGAAGAGCUUUUGGCUAACCAGCUAAUGGAAGAAGAGCUUACGAAAUCUCACAACAGGAAAUCGCUGCGUUUGUCAUCCGAUAAGCUAAAAUCGUUAGGAUUGAAGCCCGGCACCAACUUGGCCGAAUUUAAAGUAAUCACAGCAUACCAAGGCACUUCAGUGUGCUCCUGUCACAUCUACUUGUGGAAAUCAACCGACAAAAUCGUUAUUUCUGACAUUGACGGUACUAUCACUAAAUCUGAUGUACUAGGCCACAUACUGCCAAUAAUCGGCAAGGAUUGGGCACAAAGUGGAGUCGCAUCUCUUUUUAACAAAAUCGACCGAAACGGUUAUAAAUUGAUUUAUUUGUCAGCCCGAGCUAUUGGUCAGGCGCAGUGGACAAGGGGUUUUCUACGUUCACUAAAACAAGACAACCUACUCCUACCUGACGGACCCGUUUUGCUCAAUCCAACAUCACUUCUCAGCGCAUUACAUAGAGAAGUGGUGGCCAAAAGCCCUCACAUAUUCAAAAUCAAUUGUCUAAGAGACGUGAAGCAAUUAUUUAAUGCUCCUGAUGGCACACCCGGACAGCCUUUUUACGCGGGCUUCGGUAACAAGAUGACAGAUGCUCUGUCCUACAAGACCGUGUCAGUACCGGUUAAUCGGAUUUUUACCAUCAAUCACCGAGGCGAGGUCAGUCAGGAGUUAAUGGGAAAUGUCGGACGAACCUAUCAUUGCCUAGGGGAAAUAGCCGAUCUUAUCUUUCCACCACUUGAACCGUCGAGAGAGAAUGCGAAAGAGCAAUUUUCAAGUUUUAGCUACUGGAAAGAAACCCUACCCGUUGUUGAGAUCGAAGAUUUAUCCAAAACCUCAGCGACCACAACCGACUCUGCCCCACCUAAACCGCAAUCGGACUCGUCACCACUUAAAGAGUCCAAAGUGAGUUUUUUAGAGGCAAGGACCCGAAGAUUUCCAAGAAACCCGGGAUGUAGAUAUUGCUACAGGAAAAAAAUUAGGCCCCACCGGUUUUCACCAUCGUAGAACAACGGCGGUACGGCCUUUCAUGCAAAAAAAAGAAACCAAUACCCAUUUAAGUGAGAAAGAUAACUGUUAUUAUGAAUUAUUAAUAGGUGAAAAAGAAGCGAACGUUUUAACGACCUGCACCCAAAACCGGAUCUUAAAAGGCGCACCGAUAACAUUAUUAAUGGUGUGGACAAAUGUCUUAAUGCGGGAAAAAUAUGCAGCUAUAUCGAUGAAGAGUGAGUGUUACCUGUAAGUGUCGAGGUGUAAACGUUACGAAUGGCUGUUAUCUGGCAUGUGCUAAUUUUAUCGGGAUGUGCCUAUACAAAAAAAGAGUACGACAAAAUACGACGGAACUCAUGGCUAGAAGCUUUUCUGUGGGGUGACUAAUGAGAUUCAAGUCCAGUUGAUAAUAACUAAAAAAACGAGAGCGCGAUUGUAGAAAACAUCAAAGAACAGAAUUAAACGAAGCCGAGAAAAAACAAGCCUCGAUGAAAAUGCAUUAAAAUGUACCAAAUAAGUGACAUCAUUACAAAGCAGACAGAAGGAAUUAGUGAAGAGCGAGUAAUAGAGGUAGCGGUAUUAGACAACAUGCAAAAGCGAUGGAAUGGACUUCAUGCGUAAUAAAAGAAACAACGAAAGAAGAGGAACGAACUGAAAAAUGGGAUGAAGUAUCACGUUAACAUCGUUUACAUAGUAACUACUAGUAAAUAUCAAAUGUGGGCUAACUGUAUCGAUUUGUUUCUUCGCCCAUCGGAUAGCACGAUUGCAAGCUUGCGCCAACGUAUCAACCUCUAAUACGUCCAAAUGCACAUGCAAUGCGAGUACGACGUUUGCUUGGUUUCUCGGCACAAAUGUAGCGAGAAAGAAAGUGUGUGAAAAAGCAGGAGUCUAUAUGACUGGUGUUAAGUAGUAACGAUAUAUUUUAUACGAUGCCCUUCCUUUUAUACAUCAUUGCCAGACGGUACGCAGGCAAUCGCUGGGUUGUACGCAUAUAAUGCUGUUAUCCACACGACACAUGAAAAAGGUUCCGGACGAAAAGUCGAUGAAACAAAGUUUCGUUUAAAUCUAAAAAAUUGUGUCAAGGAAAACCCUGGUUAGGUAGGAUGAUUGCGAUCAUAGAUAACCUUUUAGUAACGACGUAAAUAAUGACAGCAAGUGUGCUUCAUCUGCCUUUUAUUAUUGCGAACCCCGAAUCGUAUGUCCAAUGAAGAUGUUGCAAAAUGUACGCGGAUGAAUGCCGUUUUUGUGGUUGUCUAAAAAGAAAUAGUUUCAUUGCCCGUAUAUAUAUAAAUGUUCAUCAAGUAGUGUCGCCUAGAAACAGAAUUAUUCAUCAAACUAUUUAGAAAAACAACGACGACAACGGCGUUAAGUAAUGAUGCCAAUAGAUGAAAUAUAUACAUGAUACACGUGAUCCAUAUGAAUCUAAGUACUUACUAUAUUUGAUUGCUUCCUGUAGUUUACUACAUUAGUUACAUCUUACACAUGUCUCUUACGUAGUAUUCUUUCGACGUUAGCUCUGUUUUCUCAUUCAAUUUUCUUGGCUGCUAUAGAUAAAUGAUGAUUAUGAUGGUGGUAUAUAUACAUAUAUAUGAGAUAAAAAUAUAGUCAUAAAGCUGUUUAUUUCUGCAGGGAGAUAUCCAUGAACUACUGUCCACAUACUAUGCCCAAGCGGUGAGUGAAAUUAAUCACACAUAUAGAGGCAAAGCAAAGAAUGUGUUCGUAACACGACAACUAGGCUAAUGAAACGUCAGAAACUGUUUUCCAAAGCGUCAUGUACAUAUGAUACUCUAUAAUGGUCAAACAAGAUAUUGGUGGCCAUUAUACUGAAAGAACAAAACUCACAUAAACAACAAAAUAAAAAAGAAACACAGUGAAACAGACGAAACACAAUAUAAGAAGCAUUGCGACUUUAAGCUACAAAAAACGUGUACAAUGAACUAAAUAAAGCUAAUAAUAAGGUAGAAAUAAAAAAUAAAAGUAAUCUAUCUUUGAACUGUAAAUCUUCAUAUCAAAGUAUUCAUAACAGACUCCGAACAUAACAGACUUAAGUCAUUAGGAGUUAUAUCGGAUCGACAAAAACAAAGUAAAACUGAGCAGCGUAAGAUGAAGAGAAGCCCAUUUUGUCUUUAUUUUUCAAAUUUACGAUGGGUUGUAUGGAAAACUAAUCUCUAUAUAGAAGUAAUCCCGUGAUGAAGGUCUAAUUACGGAAACAUAGAAUUAUAUUUAUUAUGUAUAGAUCGCCAAAUCGUACUAGUUUGUAGCACUACCAACAUCGCCUCAUUCAGAUUAACACUUAUGUUAUUUUAUAAUAGGUUUCGCAUAGUAUUAGGACUUAUACCACCAAUCCCUGGCUUACUAAGUCGAGAACUUAACCGCUCAAGCCACCGCACCUAGAAAGACAGUAGUGAGUUCUGUAAAAAGGGAAACCAUAUACGCAGAAACGCUAUAAUCAAUUUGUGUAGUAGUGCAAAACUAGGAAAUCGGCCAAGAAAAUCCUAUCGCUCAUCGGAAGUUGGACGAACAUUGUUUGGAAACACAUUUAACGAAAAAUGGGUGGCGAAAUUAGCCAGUAACAUACAAGGGUCAUAACUCUAACAAACCAUUUUUAUUUGAUGGGGUAUACAAAUAAAUGGGAAGCUUCGGCGCCCUACAAACGGUAGCGUCAUGACAAGUUUCAUACAUGUCAAAUGUUGGUAAAACCACAAUGCGUGGGAGAUUCCUUUGUACUUAUCAUAUUACUCAGAUAUAAAAGUGUCCGAUUACUCUCUCUGAUUGCCGGCAAAUGAAUUUCGAAGCAAUACAUUUGACGAUAAAUUCCUAGAAUCUUUAUUACUUGGUAGAGAUUGAGCAAAAUUCUACGUUUUUUGUUGGUUUAAAAAUGGAUAUGAUCUUCUGUCUAUCUGCACACGUUAUCGCUAGGAUGGAUAAAGAACGAAUUCAUAUGUUCAGCUUGAAGAAUGUCAACACAAAGACAAAAACGGCAGGGAUUCAAUUUCGAUAUCAAAUGACUGCAUUACUAGUGGGUUGAAUUGCAUGGUUGAUGGUAAGUGCAGCAUUCUAACGCGAUGCAUUUCGAGUUUCGCACAAAUAAUAGCUGAUGAACAUGUAUUUCCCAAAAAGUCUACUCGGAGCAGAAUUAGUGUCGGAAUCAUGUUUCUGAAACAACAUGGAACGAUGGAUAUAGCUGUACGAAGAUACAACUGUUAAAAAAAUGCAUAUCUAUAAUCACGCUACUGAAGUCAAGGGAUUGAGAAAAAGUAGAACACGAGAAAUGUCAACAUGAGUCCCGUCAGCGACACAGGACUAUUCUUUUUAGAUUAAAUAUCUUUCAUUCAAGUUGCAUCGUUGGUUCAGGGCAGGGUAACAGAAAAAUAUACACCACCGUCGUAUCACCGAUGAUUUCACCCAACGCUCUGUACUACGCAGUAGGCCAAUGGGACAUGCGACGAGAUGCUGGAUUGUACCCGCUUACCCUUGGCUGUUAAUGGAUUUUAUUAGUACUUUAUUAGUACCAAAAAGAAGGCAAAGGGCGUGCCUACGUGUGAUAUUGCGACUGUAAGCAUCCAGUUUGUGGCAGCCGGAUUUGCUAUCGGAUUCUAUUUGCUGUUGGCACAACAAGAUGCGGAAGCGCGACACAAUUGGAGCGUGAGAACGAGUACCAAGGGCGACUAUACUACAUAAACGCAGAAACAAAUGGAGGCGAUGAACAGCGACAGACAAUAUGACGGCGUCGUUUCCAUCAACAUAUUCGUAAGACACUACUCUCAAAUACGUGUGUACCUAGAAGUGAAGCGGCUUCAGGUGGGAUGUAGCUCAUAUUUCAUACUUUGGAGUUUCUGUAAAACGUUGGAAUCAUUUCGUAUGCUUACUGACAAUCUAAUAGAAACGUGUGCAUUUAUCUACCUCGGAAACAUGAAGACUGAUAAUUUUUAGUUCUGUGAAGAGACGAUAUUGUUUAAUCAUACAGCGCGAAAAAAUUUUUCAGCAAGACGGAAGUAAUCAUGUUGCAAAAUCUCAACUACAGAGCACGCUGCAGCUUGCAU